CGAACCUCUUCAGUUUACUAUCGUAAGCUCGCUCGUACAGGUGAGCGUCGCGCUCACGGCGAUCGAGUGACACGGUUCUACGAGAAUUAGGGACGAGCGCGUCCGCCGAUGCCUUGAUUCGCGCGAUUCAUUCAGAUGAGAGAUACGCAGUUUCGACGCAGCGAUGCGAUUGUCGAGUGCAUUUAGAGCCCGGAGAUGUAUCAAUAUGUGAUACGUUACGUAUCGCGCGAAAAGUGUGCUUAAAAUAUAACAAAAGUCGGCUGGAGGGAGUUGCACUUUUUCAACUCAUGCGAAAAUCUAUGUUUGGUUAACGACGGAUGACUGCGUAGAGUUUUCUUGAAAACUCGUACGGGCACCUCGAAGCGCGUCGAUUGUCGAUUGUAGUAAUGUGCUUGACGAAAAAUACGAAUAAUCGCGUCAGUUCGAUCAGUCAGCGACGAUUUAGCGCUAAAAGAACCGGCGAUGGAAACGAACCAACUGAUUUAAUCCGAUUGGUGAGCUCGCUGGUACUACUGGCACACUUGGACAUACAAAUAUAUCUCGCGCGCUUAGUGAUUACGCUAACGAUAGUGCUGACGAACGUGCUGACGGCUCGAGUUACGAUAGAACAACUGUGCAAAUAGAAACAUUCAUUUUCAUGUCUGCCGCCCCGGUUGUUCCCGCCCUCACACUGUACAUCGCAUGAGAGUUCUGGUGAUUCCGAAGAAAGUCGCAGCGGAUACGCUAUAAUUGCACGAUCGGUUUACGUACCGAUUUCAGGACACCGAAAGCUGAUCUAAUCGUGGAACGUUCUACGAAAGCGAUCAUGUCGAUUAGAAGUAUCUCUCCAUCAAGAUGACGUCGGAUAAGCAAACGGAUUCGUCCUCUUGGCUUUUACGAUCCUGCAAGAGAAGUCGGUUUAAAAUAGAAUUAUUCUACCUGGUUUUCGGAUGUUUGUUGACGCAUUGUUCGGCUAGAAACAACCCUCCCAGAUUCCUCAUAGACGGACACACGGAGAUCGUGCUUAGGCUAAAGGAAGGACCAGAAACUCCAAUUGGCAGCAGUAUUUACAAACUCAAAGGCUUCGAUGAGGACGGUGACAAGUUGGUAUUUGGCGUCCGGGAUCAGCCCGGUAGCGAUGUGAUUCGAGUCGUGAAUAUUAGCCCCACCGAAGCCAACAUUUACCUGAACAAGUUGCUGGACAGAGAGACCAAGGAUGAAUUUGCGCUCGUGUUAACGUUGACGGACGGCAGACUGGGCGAGGGAAAUUUCAUCACGCAGAGCUUGCUGCUUCUGGUCGAAGAUAUUAACGAUAACGUACCGAUCUUUCGUCCACACCCGCCCUCGUUGACCCUUCGUGAAAACGCCAGGCCGCGUGUUUUAACGACGCUGGAAGCCACCGACGCCGACCUGGGCGCCCAUGGCCAAGUGGUCUAUUACUUGCAAGAGUUGGAUGGCGACAACAAUCUCUUCAAUAUUACAACGGUGAAUGGCAAGGGUGUCAUACGCUUAGUCGGCUCGUUGGACUACGAGCGGAAGUAUCUGUACCAACUGAGGAUCCUAGCUGUGGAUCACGCGAUAAGCGAAAAGGUAAACACAGGAACAACCGCGAUUUUGAUCAACGUACAGGAUGUGGAGGACCAGCCGCCGGAAUUCAUAACCAUGACGCCUGUGGCGAGGAUCAGCGAGAAUUCCAGGAUUGGCACAUCUGUUCUGCAAGUUCGUGCCGUGGACGGCGACAAGGGGAUAAACAACAAGGUUACGUAUAGUAUUACAGAAGGGCCGAGAUAUCUAUUCGAUAUUGAUGCAACGUCCGGCCUCGUGUUCACUACCGCACCGUUAGACAGAGAAGCCGACGAGAAUAGCGAUGGCGCUUACAUUCUGGAAAUUACGGUGAAAGAAGUGUCGAAGAUCGUUCCAGCGCCGUCCGUGAUUACCGAAGUCACAAUCAUCCUCACAGAUGUGAACGACGAGACGCCCAAGUUUAGAAGCAUGCUAUACCGCGCUGAAAUAAACGAGAAUGCGCCGCAAAAUACUCCGGUCAGUUUCAUCGGUGAUGCCGUGCCAGAGAUUUUCGAUCACGACUUGGGUACCAACGGCACGUUUCAAAUAUUUAUCGAAGGUGACGGUGGAAUGUUCGAUGUUACGCCAUCCCGAGGGAUUAACGAGGCGCCGUUUUUAAUACGCGUUAAGGACUCGAGCAAAUUCGAUUUUGAAAAAAUAUCAGUGGUGAACUUCACUCUCGUCGCGAAAGAAAUCACACCAAUCUCUCCAAAAUACAGCGCUGUACCGGUCACGGUUUUCAUAAAAGAUCAGAACGACAAUUAUCCUGAAUUUACGAAAAACGUGUACGAGGUCUCGAUUCCUGAAAACUGUGCCGAUGGAACCACCGUAGCUUGGGUACAGGCCUUGGACGAAGACAGCGGUAACUUCGGAACCCAUGGAAUACGAUAUACAACUUUAGGCGGUAGCAUUGCACACGCGCUAACGAUGCAUCCUCUCACCGGUAUAAUAACAGUCAAACAUUCCGGGUCCAAUUUCGAUCGAGAAUUAGUAGCUCGGCAUUAUCUUACAGUCGAAGCCCGAGACGAUCUCGGAAAGGGGAACCGCAAUGCCGCGCAAUUGAUAGUCAAUGUUGACGAUGUCAACGACAACGCGCCUGUGUUUCUGCAGAACAGAUACGAAGCGGUGCUCUUGGAGAACGAGGAUCACUUCGAGUCUCCUCUGAUCGUCGAGGCGUUUGACAUCGAUUUGAAUGGGACGCGAAACAGCGAGGUGGUUUACGCUCUGCUAUCGGGCGAAUUCUCUCGAAAUUUCACGAUCGAUUCGAAACGUGGCGUUAUAACGCCCAUGCACCCUCUCGAUUACGAGGCUCUGCCCAUCAAACAGGGACACAAAGAAACGGCUAUACGUCCACUGAGACUAACAGUGCGAGCUAGAGAUACGGGCAUACCGAGCAUGAGCUCCGACGUUCCUUUGAUUAUUUAUUUGAAGGACGUCAACGACAACGCGCCCGCUUUCGAAAGAACAUUGUACAAAAGGAACAUUCCCGAGGACUCGGCGGGCGGCACGAGCGUUGUGCAGGUGAAAGCUUGGGACAAGGACUUGUCGUCGCCCAAUAACAAAUUGGUAUAUCGAAUUCAAAGCGGGGCUGGAGACAAGUUUGUAAUUAGUCCCGAAAAGGGCGUGAUCCGAGUGGCUCCUGGCUCGAAUUUAGACCCGGAUUUGACGUCGCCGAAAACAACGAUGUACAACUUAAACGUUAUCGCGAUCGACAGCGGCACAGAGAUACAACGGACGGCCGAGGUUCUUGUGAACAUCACGAUCAUCGAUGUCAAUAAUAAACCGCCCAUUUUCAUGGAGCCUGGAACUGUCACCAUCAGAGAGAACACUCAGGUUGGUGCGUACGUUCAUCGCGUAGUGGCGCAGGAUCCGGAUGUGGCUCCGAUUCUGCGUUAUCAGGUGGAUCCCAACUCGUCGGAAGCGCGAAAUGAGGAAGGCACGUUGAUUAAGAUACAAGAAUACGAUUAUUUGGCAGCGCUGGAAUUAAAUGCGUUAGACGGUCUGUUACGCAUAAUCAAAUUGUUGGACAGGGAAAGAGUGGAGAUCAUCAGACUGGGACUUGUGGUUGAGGAUUUUGCCGCAGCAAGAGGCGUGCAAACUGCAUCCGCCACGCUGAGUAUAAUUAUAGAGGACGAGAACGAUAAUAAUCCAAAAUUCCGGAAACCCUUCUACAGACGUUCCGUUACCGAGAACAGUAAAAAUGGCGUCAAUAUCGUGAACAUCGUUGCCGAUGACGCUGAUAAAAAUCGUAGCAUCACUUACUCCUUGCAAGGACCGAAGGAGAUAGCCGAGCUUGUGGAUUUGGAUUCUGAAACUGGAGAAAUGGUCGUUGCUACUAAAAUUGACAGAGAAUUAUAUUCGUGGCUUAAUUUGUCCGUCAGAGCUACAGAUUCCGGAAUUCCACCUCGAUCCAGCUUGGUGGAAGUGUAUAUUCAAGUGUUAGACGAAAACGACAAUAAUCCGUAUUUCGUUUCGAAUGUCAGUAACGUGACCGUCAUGGAAAACUCCAAAAUCGGCACGGAGAUCGCUGUUAUACAGGCGAGAGAUCCCGACAGCGGAGAUUAUGGCAAAAUUACUUACCUUUUAGACAGAAUGUCGUCACAGGGGACUUUUGCUAUCCAUCCAGAAACCGGGUCCCUGACAGUGGCUGACGUCCUGGACUGGGAGACCAAACACAGCUACGUUCUAGUUAUAGAAGCUUGGGACAAUUAUCAGUUCGGUUAUACAGCAGGAGAGUCCCGAAAUGCAUUCAAACGAAUCCAGGUAACCGUCAUCGAUGUGAAUGACAAUGCUCCAAAGAUGGACAUACCGCAAAAUUGCGUCUCCAUAUCGGAGUUUCACGACAUGCGCGACCUGAUUUUCGUCAUUAAAACGAAGGAUGCGGACGACCCGACCACACCGAACGGCCGUGUCAUAAUUAGAAUCCUUUCUGGCAAUGAAGUAGGUUUAUUCAUACUGGAGCAAACUGAUUAUUGGACGGCGAAGAUCAAAGCCGCGCGAUCGUUGAGAGGAAAAUUCGGUAAUUACACGCUACACGUGGAAGCGCGCGAUUUAGGAACACCUUCCAAAAAGGAUAAUGGAAUUUUGGAAAUUUGUGUCACGGAUUACAACGAUAAUCCGCCGAUGUUCAUCAGUCCCCAGCACAACACUACCAUUCGAGUUCCAGAGAAUAUAACGGUGGGAAGCCCGAUCAUUCAAGUCGAGGCGAGAGACGCUGAUACGGGAUUAAACGGCGACGUGCAUUAUCGUCUGAAGCAAGACCUGGCGGGUCACUGGAGAACCUUUCGCAUCAACGAGAAAACUGGCGUGAUAUUUCUGAAAUCGCCGCUCGAUAGGGAGAUGCAGAAAUUAUACGAGAUUCGAGUGGAAGCGUACGACUUGGGUACUCCGACGCCUCUGAGUUCCGAUCUCGAUCUGAUCAUCUACGUUCGAAAUAUCAACGACUUUGAGCCGCAAUUUUUGCUGGACACUUUUCACAUCAACUUCACGGAGGAACAACUUCCUGGAUCGGAGAUAAUAGUGCUUCCGGAAACAAUCGACAGAGACGAAGUCGAUGACUUGGACGAUCCUCCCACGCAAGCUUGUUACUUCAUCGUGGGAGGGAACGAUGAUGGACUGUUCACUUUAGAUAUCUAUAGACACGAGCUUGGCACGGCAAAAAUAUUGGAUAGAGAGCGGCAAGAAGAACACAUCUUGCUCAUUAAAGCAACAGAAGAUUGCGAGACCGUGCCACUCAACGAAACGACAUUCGACGAGGCUGACGACACUCUGUUGCAAGUCGUGGUAAAAGUUGACGACAUCAACGACAAUGCGCCAUGCUUCAUCAACAAGAUCUUUACGGGCGGAGUCACCACCGAGGCCGACUUUGGCACGCAAUUUAUGCACGUUAAGGCGAUCGAUUUGGACGCCGGCGAUAACGCAGUGCUCAGUUAUUAUCAAGUAGGUAAAAUGCACAUGACAUUAACUGAAGGUUUCGAAAAUAUGCAGCUGCAGCCUUUUCUCGUAAAUAAGGAUACCGGGGCAGUGAGUCUGAAUUUCGACCCGCAGCGAGGGAUGAAGGGUUACUUUGAUUUUAUGGUGCUUGUUAACGACACAUACGGACUGCAAGAUACCGCGAGGGUUUUCAUUUAUUUAUUACGAGAGGACCAACGAGUUCGUUUUGUUCUUCGCCAACAUCCUCCAGAAGUCAGAAGUCGGAUAGAAACGUUCCGAGAAGUCCUGGGUAACGUAACCAGCGCUAUUAUCAACGUCGACGAAUACAAGGUGCACGAGAAUCAAGAUGGUUCUGUGGACCGUACGAAAACGGAUUUAUAUUUGCAUCUGGUGAAUCGCCGGGACAAUUCGAUUCUGGAAGUAUCCGAGGUUCUCGAACUGGUCGACCGGAACAUCGAGAAACUCGACAAUCUGUUCAAGGAGUUCAACGUCCUCGACACGCAGCCGGCAAAAACUCAACCGAUCGUGCAAUACGAACAAGCUGGAACCACUUUCUGGCUCCUCACGUUGACUCUGUUUCUAGGAGCACUACUGAUACUGUGUGUCACCCUAUAUCUAUCCCAAAGAGCAUCUUUCCGAAGACAACUGAAAGCGGCGAACGCGUCACCAUUUGGUGCGUCGGACUCGGAAUUUAUCCGAAGUCCUGGCCGUGUCCCGAACACGAACAAACACAGCGUGGAAGGCUCGAAUCCCAUAUGGAUGCACGCUUACGAGAACGAGUGGUUCAAGAACGACGAGUCGUUCAGCCAUACGUCCGAGAGAGAUUCCCUCGAUGAGAACGCGCUCAAUAACGAGGAAAUGAUGAACGAAGCCAAUACAAACCAAAGAGCCGAAGAUAAACCGUAUUAUAUAGAGCCGAGAAUUUCUACAAUUUCCAGCGUCGAGAGCAUAGAUAUUCAAAAUGAUUACAGCAGAGCUUCGCCGAUUUACGCAGGACACAGCGCAAUCGUCAAUCCCCUAGGAAAAAAGAUCGAAACAACAGAAUUGUAGCGAAUCGCUGGAUAUCUAAAUGAUAAACGAUUAGCUAAUUAUAAUAAUAAUAACAUUACCAAACUAUUUAGAUAAAGAGCGCAGUGCGGAAUUACAUUGUAAAUAAUUACGUUGCAUGAUUCAUUGAAACGGACACAUUUUACGGGCUAUUACAAAGUUACAGAUGCAGUGUUCUCGCGAAGUAUUUAUUGUGCGUGUGUGUAGGAAUGAAAUUAAUAUAAGUGAGAAGUAAUGUAUAUUUAAUUUAUAUUGUAAGAUAUGUAAGAGAUAUUUCAUUGUCAUAACGAGAGAGAAAGUAUUCCACGAGGACUUUAUUUAUAUAUUAAUAUUAAUCAACAUUGAUUAAGUAUCUGCACCACGACUCGUUAUA